AUGAGCUUGAAUGUGACACGAGUCAAUCAAAAUGGGAAUGGGAACAUUGUGCAAAUACAUUUGCAGAAAGGUGGAGAGCUUAAAGAAAAAGUGGAGCAUUCAGAUUUAGUAUUAUUUAAAAUGAUGAAUCUGGUUUUUAUAAAUGUAGGAUGCGCAAGAUUGUGCAUUUCAAAUGAGGAGGAAAGAAAAAAUGAGAAGGAAGUUACUCAUUUGACUGAUGGACAAAGUAGCAUAUUAGUUCAAAAGGCAAGUGUCGGCAAUAUCACUUAUCACCUACAUUCAAACGUUCACCUCAGGAAAAGCAUAAAAUAUUAUAAAGGAUAUUUUUUAACAAUUGUUUGGCCUUCCACGAUAACAAGACCAAUAGAGUAG